AUGGAUGAUCAAUCUGCCUCAGGCUAAAUUGUUGAUUACAUUGAUGCCGAGAAAAAGAUUCCAAAGUACUUGAAUAGUCGUUAUGAGCUUAGAGAAGAAAUUGGAAGGGGGGCUCAUGGUAGAAUUUACUCUGGAAAAGAUAAAAUUACUAAGCAACUUAUAGCUGUAAAAAUAAUGGACAAAAUAUCAAAAAACAAAAGUAAGUAUGUCAGAGAGAUCCAGUUAAUGAAAGACAUGCAGAAGUCAAAUCAGCCUGGAUUCCCUAAGCUUUUAUACUAUAAUGCUGACAAAUAUAACUAUUUCAUUGUUAUGGAUUAAUUGGGCCAAAGUUUGAAGGAAUUGAGAGAUAAUACUGAAGAUCUAAAAUUUAGCAUCAAAACUGUCACAAUGAUAGGUAUUCAGUUACUCCAACGAUUAGAGUCAAUUCAUAAGCUCAACUACGUUCAUCGUGAUUUGAAACCCGCUAAUAUCCUUACUGGAAAGUCAAAACUUGAAUAAUUCAUAAUAUAUCUGAUAGAUUUCGGAUUAGCAAAAAAGCAAAAUUAGAUCAGCAAUAUUUAGCCUAAUGAAAAUGGAAAUAAGGUUGUAGGGACUGCAAUAUAUGCUGGAAUCAAUGCUCAUCUUCCAGGCUAAAAUUAUUUCAAAAAAGACGAUAUUGAGUCAAUGAUGUAUGUACUUUGCUACCUUUUAUCAGGAACAUUGCCUUGGAAAAACUGUAAAGCCACUGAUGCUGGGUUAGAUAAAAUGCUAAAAAUGAAACUUAAAAUUUAACCUUACGACCUAUUUGCAGGUCAACCAACUGAAUUUUGCUAAAUUAUGGAACAUCUUAGAAAUCAGCCUAGUGAACAAAUAAUUGAUUAUGGUUACAUUGAUAGUCUACUCCGUUCAGUUGCAUAUAAGUCUAAGUUCAAAAUCGAUAAUGUAUUUGACUGGAUAACCUUGAAAAAAACCAAGAUAGAAGAAUAAAAGUCUGACAACAAGAAUAAACGAAAUGAUUAAGUUCAUAUUGGCUAAGUAAGAAAUUAGAACUAGGACUAAGGAGGAAUAGGCUUGCAAACGAUCUUAGAAAAAUAUGAGGAUGAGGAGGAAAAGAAAGUUAAGAAUGAGGAAUCUUUAAAGUAAAUGACAAAUAAUUACUACAAUGAUGAGUCUCAAGUAGAAUCUUUCAACAUGACUAUAAAUAAGCACUAUUAAAAUACACAACAAAAUUAAAACCUCUACCAAGAAUAGUAGCCAUAGAAUCAGCAAGAUGUUGAUAGAAGUGCAAACGAGCAAUAGCCAAUAACAAUAUAAUAAUAAUAACAACAACAAUAAGUUUAGAAAUAAAAUAGAGAGAGAAAAAAAAGAAGCAAACACCAUCGAAGCAAUAUUUUAUCUGGAGCAAAUAAUGCAAUAGCCAAUAAUUAGAAGAUCGAGAAUAAAGAUGGCAAGAUAGGAAUCAAUUUAACACUCAAUAUACAAAGCCAGAAAAGAGAAUAGCAAGAAGAGUAGGUUAACAAUAACGGAUCUGGUAAGAUAGUUUAAAUGACUAUUAAUCACAAUGUUCAUGUUCAUAUUAAUGGGUAAGAUCCAGACUCAGCAAACGUUUAACAGUCCAUACACAUUGUUCAUCCAGUGGAAAAUGAAGAGAUGAAAUAGACGCAAUAACUUUUUUCAUUCGAUAAGAUCAACUCCAAUAUUUUAUAUAGCUCUGGGAUCAAUCACCAAAACAAAAACCUUCAAUCGAAUGUUCUUCAUCAUGAUGAUAAUGAAAUCAGGCAAAGUGAAAGCAGAAGCGAUGAAGAUGAGUGCGAUUCUAGUAAAAAAGAGCAGAAAGAGAUUGCAAAUGCAUUAAAUAAUGAAGGUUUUAAUUCUAUUGACGCCACUUAUGAAGAAUUUGAAAAGGGUAUAAAUUUGGAGUUUAAAGAGGAAAAUUAGGCACAAGAUUGUUGUAAUGUUGUAGUGGACGAUUAGCUACUUUAACAACAUCAAUCUUUUGAUUUUCCUAAGCUAUUUGAUACUCACUCCAAUUUUAAUAAGAUGAAGUGCCUUUAAUGA